AUGUUUCUGAUCGAAGGAGACGGCAAGGCAAUCAUCUACUCGGGUGACAUCCGAGCUGAGAAAUGGUGGGUCGGCAGCUUGAUUCGCCACCCCAUCUUGAUACCAUACACUCUGGGUCAGAAACGGCUGGAAAAGUUGUACCUGGAUACCACCUUCGCGAGCAAGAAAAAUCCAUUUCGAGAGUUUCCUUCCAAGGCUGAGGGUCUGGCUGAGCUGCUGCAGAAGGUUCAAGCCUAUUCCGGUGAUACGGUCUUCUAUUUCCGCGCAUGGACAUUCGGCUACGAAGAUGUGUGGAUAGCGCUGUCAGCGGCGCUGAACAGUAAGGUACACGUAGAUCGCUACCAGAUGGGUCUUUAUCGGUCUUUGACACGAAUCUCUGGAAACAAGGGUGCCAGUGAAGCGCCUGCCCUGUGUGGCUUUGACCUGGGAAACAGAGAUGUGGAAGGCUGCUUAAGCAACAAUGAGACCAGUCGAAUUCACAGCUGUGAACCUGGUGUCGCGUGUGCAUCAUCCCGUGGACCCAAAUCGGUCUAUAUCAUGCCCAUUGUCAACCGCACCCCUACCGGUACGGAAAUCCCCGAUGUCGGCGCAGGUGGUGGUGUCGGGGAUCUAUACCAAACCCAUGAAUUGGAGUUGCCGGAUGAGUCUGCCAUGGCCGAGCUGGAGAAACUUUGUUCCCAGCACAUUCAGGAUCAAGAGGCGUUGUCUCAGAUGCGAAAUGCGCUGAAGAAUGCUUUUCAGUCGAGAAGAAAGGCGCUCUCACUUGAUACAUACGGCCUGAGAGAAGAAGGGGAGAUUUCACUGGAGAAUCUGGUAACUGCUCUCAGCCGCGGUCCUUCAGCUUCCUUCGAUGAGUCCUCUAACCCCGAUCUGCCUAACACGAUACGCUUCCCAUAUUCCCGACACUCCUCGUAUUCCGAAUCAUGUGAGUUUGUCGCUGCAUUCCGACCCAAAGACAUCCAUCCAUGCACCGUGGAUCCAUCGACUUGGAACGAGAAUGUCUCCAUCCGAACUUUGUUCGGGCACCUCUGUUCAGGGAAUAAAUUCUCCCAUGAUGAGCACAUGCGGCGGACUUUGGCAAAUGAGAGUGACGAAGAAGGUUUGCGCGCAAAGAAGAGACCUCGUUUUGACUUGGACCUAUCCACCCAGUCCACAGAUACAUCUGAUGGGAUUGGAGACAUCAGUCUUCAGACGAUUGAUAUGAGCCAGCAUAUUCAACCUGAAAUCCCCACAUACCAAGCGAAUACAUUCGACGGCGCCACUAAAUUCGACAAUAAUAAUAUCCGUCAGAAACAGCACCCCCAAGCACAAGCAAACUCAGCCCAUUCCUCCCAAGCCAGCAUCCUACCAUCUACAUGUUCCACGGAUAAUGAAGAUGGCCAUGAACUCAGUAUCAGGGGAGCGAAACAGAAUUCACUGGGUCCAGAAACUGCAGAACCUUAUCAUACCACCCCAAACCGCGAACCAAGGACGCCAAGCAUAAUCGAUCUAACCGGCGACGAUAUCACCUCCCCCAUACACCUCAACACUCAAAAAACAGAAAGCCAACUCACGGAUUCAUUUCCCCUCUCCAUUUCUGAGUCAGCACUCGGGUCUCCAGACCGGAGACUGAUGGAUAAUGGAACGCAACCCCCAGAAAAGGAUGAUGCCGGUCUACGUUUUUCGCGUCAUACUCGUAUUGCUGCUUAUCUCGCUGCACGAGAGGAUACCUACUCUGCGUGGACGGAUGUGUCGCUUGUUUCCGCGAGAGAUAAUCAUACCGAAGAGGAGAUUGAGCUAUAA